GGUCGCCAUUGACGACGUGGGGAGUGGUGGUUGCCUAGCAACCGCGGGCCUGCAUGGGGGACGCCAUUGGGGUUGACGGCGUUGAGGCGGCGUGGAGCUACCUGGUUUGCGGUGAAGAAUGCCUGAAAAUGAAAUUUCCAGCACAAAGCUGGCCCAUACUAAGAGCCCCAAACAGUCAAAGCGGACAUCAUUCCAGGAUGAACUAGAACAGACCAUUGCUGGCUGGAAAGGCAGAGGGUUGUUAACAGAUGAAGGAGAAAAAGAGCACGCAAUUGAUGAAGAUGAUGAAGAAUUGCUGGCGAUGUUUGACAAAACGAUAAAAAGGAAAGGACGUGCAUCCAGAAGGAUUAACAAACGUGACAAGCUUUCGAGUUUUGCAUUUAACUUUGAGCUGUCGGAUGACGAAGAGGACAAAGAAAAGGAAAAAAAAGUUGCGGAAGGAAAACGAUCAUCUUUCCUGAAACGGGAUCGAAAGGUCGAGGAGCAUGUGGAUGAUCAAGUUGACUCCGUGAUGGAACCACAUGUCACUUCCCAAGGGCAUGUUGAAGACAGCAAGUUAACGAACAGGGAGGGCCAUCGCAGACCCAGGUCACAUGACAGACAAGUCUCAUUUGCAACCUCUCCUUCUUUAACAGGCAAUGAGGAAGGCAGAUCAACGCCAGUACCUAUGCCACGUAACAGGGCAGCCACAGGUCGGAGCUCAGCGGAAGGGUAUUCGGAUGACUUCUCUUCAGAAAUGACCAAAAGUAGCCGUUCUCCUUCGCCAGCUCGGACUCUGUCAUCAACCUCAAGGGUGUCUGCCUCGACACAACGCCGAUCAUUGUCUCCAUCAGAAACACCUGCACCGACUCCAGCAUUGCGCCAUUCUGCUCGGCAGGAAAUGCGACGAGAAAUCUCCGGGGAUAUUUCACUUCGACCACCUUCUCCUGACCCCAACCCAACCGACAAUGGAGCAUUACCAUCUGGCAGGGACUCGAAGACACUUACUGACGGACCUCAGUCAAUGGGCAAACGAGCCUCAUCAGAGUCUCUGGUCACAUUCAUUCCAGAGGAGCCCGUGAAAUACGUCCAAACCCCUUACAAGCCAGAAUCACACCGGUCCACUGCGAAAAACUCUACAAUUGACCCACAGUCAACAGAAGGUCAGCUUUUUGACAACACACUGGCUGAAAUCUCACAAGAGAACUACAGUGGCGGAAAGGGCACUGGAGGUGGAAUGCACUCAGAGACGAUUGAUGACCAGUUUGAAAACUUGUCACAUACAAGCCAAACGGCAAGUUCUCUGAAUCGCACGUACGUGAAGUCCCAGAGAGGACGAAGCCCUCGACCAAUCUCUGCAAAGUCGCGUUACUUGGGCACGCUCAAGGUGCUUGAUUCCAGGUCGCAGCUGAAUGUCAGUUUGAGCCCUGAAUGUCCCGAUACCAUCCGUGCAUCUAUCUAUCAGGAGUGGUUAAAGAGAAAGACUGCAUCAAUAAAGGAGCAAAAAGAAAUUGAAGAACGAUUAAAAAGGGAAAAAGAGAUAAAAGAGCAGAAAGAAAAGGAAGACAAGAAGAUGGAAGUGGAGAGCACUUUCCAGGCCUGGAGCAAGCAGAAGAAAAAGUCCAUUGCGGAACAGCAGAAGAAAAAAAUCGAAGAAGACAGAGAGAAACAGAAGGCCGAUAAAGCAAAGGAAGAACACAACGAAGAUGCAAAAAAGGCAGCCUUUGAGAGGUGGAAAGAAGAUAAAGACAAGCAUAUUUUGAAAGAAUGUCUCAAAGAGAAAUCAGUUGAGCGAGAAAAGCAACACAAGGAAAAAGAGAAAAUGGACCAAAAAAAGGAGGAAGCAGAGAAGUUAUACGAGACAUGGAAGAAGCAAAAAGACAAAGAAUUGAAAGAUAAGAAAAAAGAGUUAAAACAAGCAAAGAAAAGGGAUGCGGAGGAGAGGGCCAUUAAAGAAUGCAAAGAGAGGCAAGCCCAGGAUGAAUAUGAACACUGGAUGGACAAAAAAGAGUCGCAGCAAAAGCUGGAUCGGAGGCUGCGGAAGAGCCGUUCUCUUUAUCAAGAAGAAGUUCCACCCUGGAGUCCACCUAACCGUACAGUUCCUCAUGGAAAAUAAUGCUUCAAUAUUUACACCCUAUACAAAGCUUAAUAUCUAUUAAAGUUCCGUGUAGCUAGUGUGUAGAUUUCUUUUGUGUAUAUAAUUUACAUGGAAUGUGGUAAUCACAGUACUUAUCGACUACUUCUAAUUCCAUUGUACAAUGCUGUUGUCAAAAUGUGAUCGCCUCAUGCUUACCGAUACAUUUUAAUUGAGUAAAUUAUCCCAUCACUUUGCGUUUCACUUGAUACUUAUUAUUUCAGUGCAGUUGAAACACAUCUUAAAAUGUAAUUAAACCAAAAAAAACUGCAUAAUGAAAUCAUAAUUUUGUGGUGUUCAAAAGUCAAUGAUUCAAUGACACUUUUUGGAAGCUACAAAAUCAGAACUUGUUGGCUUUAAAUCUUCAAAAAUGGACCUCGUAGUAUGCUUAAUGUGGGAAAAAAAUGUUUGCACUUAGUAGUAAUAAUACAUGGGAGAGAUAUUUACGGACGCUAUAGAAAUGUAAGUAGCAUCUUAAUGGGAUAAUUGACGUGACAAUUAUUUUACACGAAGUGCUAAAUGUAAGAAAAGACAGCAAAACCUGGCAUGCACAGGUGCAGUUUACAUGCAGAUCUGUCUUCACUUUGUGGCCACCAAUGCAGUGACCCACAGACUGCAUUAAUCCAACAGUUGUCAGCCUCCCUACUGGAGGCGUGACGCGAGCCCCAGGGGCAACUGCAUUCAGGGAUAAACUAAUGGAGCAUGACGUGCCCAAAGAAAUAUAUUCGUGGCAAUGGAAGGUUGGGAUGAUUCACUCCAUCAUUUUGACUACAGCAGGCACUUGAUAAGCAUCGAGUUGAUGGGGUCCAUGACUUAAUUCUCCAAUUAUCACUAUCGCCUAGAUAAUUAUUAUAAUAGAACAAUUUCCAUGAAGUGGAAAUUUGAAUAUGAACCUGUUUUGCUUGAUCAUGCAAUCAUUUAUGGGGGGGGGGGGGGGGGGAGGUUUGCCUCAAAAUGACCACUCUAACCUUCAUUGUGUUCUAACCGGUGAUGACCAUUAAUUAUUUUUUUUAAACGCAUGGAUAUGGAAAAUACAUUUUACUCGAUGAAAAUUGUAAACUAUUUCCCCAAAAGUGAUAAACCUACAAUCGUGACAAAUCUAUAAUUUUCUAUGAUAAAAUUCGAAUCGUUUUGUCCUUGGAAAUAUAUCCAAGCUGAACGAAUCGGCCAUCAAAACAAACACACUUUUGCAUCUUAAAGUACUUGCAAUAUUGCAAAAUGUGUUUUAUUAAAAACAUUGAAAAUACAAAAAUAAUCGUACAUUACAGCUCAGAGCAAAGCUGAGCAGGUGGAUCAGAACCACCUACCUGCUGCAGACCUCAUCAACAAAAACCUGCAGAUCAUAUUGCUCUGAGCACCUUUGCACCACGUGACCCUUAGGAGUAGAAUUGGGUAAAGCAACCUGGGCAAACAGACGCAUGUGUUUUCAACGAACUGCAGUGACAUUUAUUAUAUCUCAGGACGAAAUUAGAUUCUACUUUGACAUUCUGGGCAGAAGCCCUGCCUGGUUACAGCUAUUUUAUGUUAUUUUAAUCACUUUUUUGGUGUAUCCAAUCUUUUGGUCAUGAAUAUUGUUUGUGUGGAAAAGUCAAAAAGCAAUUUUGAACAUGUAAAACAUGGGUAAUUAUAAUUGGUUGAGAAUGUUGUGGAGGUAGGAAAAAUUAUAAAAUGAUUCAUGAGCAUGGCUGAUCACACUGCAUAUUUAUAGCAUAAAUGAACAGCAUCACAAUUGACAGAUUAUUAUGAAAAUCAAUUUUCUAUGACGUAUCUUUCUGGUAAACCAUAUAUGGCCAUUCUAUGUGUAUAUACAUUUUUUUUAUUGCAGAAUGUAAAACAUGCAAGUUUUUUUACUGAACUCAUUGGGUUACAUUGGGAAUUUUACAGGGUAUUUUAAUAUUCACUUUGCAACAAACUGUUUAUUUGAUAAUGGCCUGCAAACUGGCUUAUUGGUGAGUGUGCUGUUAGGAUGUUCAACCUCACAAAUACAAUCAUGCACAUUGAAGAUUGUAUUUUACCUGAUAAAUUGUUUGUGAUGCUUUUAAAUCGUGUUUCAGACUUCCAUACCAUUUACAUUUUUUUCAGAUUGCCUUUUUAGUGAGAAUUUUUAUAUACAUCUUGUAUGCACAUUUCUCACAAUAAAAAAAAACCCAUAGCCCAAAUUGCAACACACACAUCAAAUAAAAUAACCCGAAUAAAAUAUCGUACAUCUUGACAUAUAUUAAAGAUAAGGUACUAUUUAAUAUUGUGCUUUGAAUAAAACCAGUAAGAUUA